AUGAAGCUACGUUCCUCUGCCUCGUCCGCGGGGACUAACAGCACCCAAGACCCCUUCUCCUUCCUCCUCACGGGCAUCCCUGGGUUCGAGAGCGCCCACGUCUGGAUCUCCAUCCCCUUCUGCUGCCUCUACGCCAUCUCCAUGGUGGGAAACGCCAGCAUCCUCGCGGUCAUCCGCACAGAGCCAGCCCUCCGCCAGCCCAUGUACCUGUUCCUCUCCAUGCUGGCCCUGACCGACCUGGGGCUCACCCUCAGCACCCUGCCCACCGUCAUGCCGCUCCUCUGGUUCGACAUUCGCAAGGUCAGUUUUGAGGGCUGCUUUGCCCAGUUCUUCUUCCUCCAUGGCUUCUCCUUCAUGGAAUCUUCAGUCCUGCUGGCCAUGUCCUUUGACCGCUACGUGGCCAUCUGCCGCCCCCUGCAUUAUGCCACCGUCCUCACCAGCAAAGUCAUUGGCGGGAUUGGAUCAGCCAUCCUUUGCCGCUCUGUCCUGGCUGUCCUUCCCUCCUUUCUCCUCCUCAAGCGCCUGCCCUUCUGCCGCUCCCACCUUCUGUCCCACUCCUACUGCCUCCACCAGGAUAUGAUUUGCCUGGUCUGUGCGGACAUCCGGGUCAACAGCUGGUAUGCCUUUGCUGUGGCUUUGCUCACCAUUGUGAUGGACCCUCUGCUCAUCGUGCUCUCCUACACACUCAUCCUGAGAAGCAUCCUGGGCACAGCCUCCUGGACAGAGCGGCUCCGGGCUCUCAAUAACUGUCUGUCCCACGUGCUGGCCGUUCUGGUGCUCUAUGUUCCCAUGGUCGGGGUAUCUAUGACUCAUCGAUUUGCCAAGCAUGCCUCUCCACUGGUCCACGUUAUCAUGGCCAACGUCUACCUCUUGGCCCCUCCUGUGAUGAACCCCAUCAUUUACAGUGUGAAGACAAAGCAGAUCCGCCAGAGAAUUAUGCACCUGUUUUCCCAAAGAAAUACGCUUUUAAGAUAA